GAGCCGCGGUUCCUGGCGAGUGGUGGUGAUCCGUUCGCGUACCCAAUCCACCGUCGUCGACGUUUGCGAGCGCACACGCGCACACACGUACAGGUGUCGUCGUCUAUAUCGCACAAGCGCAAGCCGUUCACCGCUACCGAGUCCGAAGUUCGCGUCUGACACCCCGCCGGCCUGUGCCACCGUCAAGAUUUCAAAGAGGUUUUCGAAACAUUGUACUUGACGGAUUUAUCAAGUUUAUACUUCAUUAGAAUGAAGUGAUACGUCCAAAAACAUACAAAAUGAGCUUCUUUUCGUCCCUUCAUCAAAUAGUCACCAGUAGUGUGGCAAACCUGAACUUGAGUCCAAAGCGAUUUUCGCUGUCCAAAGAAUCGGGACCAGAUGUAGACGAGGCGGCUGCGGCUGUGGUGGCUGCGCCUACGGCCACGUCCAGUCGCUCAGCGAGCACAGGCAGCGUAAGCGGUAUACCUCGAAUCGUAACACCUCAGGGUAAUGGUGGUAGCUGUGCCAGGUCAUCGGGGCCCAGGAGGACCGGGUCGUUCAGACAAAUAUCUCAGCCCAGGAAUCCGAUGGCUUUCUGCAGGCGUAGAAACUCGUGGCCCGAAAUCGACCAAACCGCAUCAUCGGGUGUACAUGACACGGAUGGUUCGUUUUUCGAGAAAUAUAGCAGCUUACAGUGGAAAUUGGAUCAGAGACGAUUGCAAAUGAUCAAAGACAGUCGGCAAGAUGAGUGCCCUCCACCUGAACACAGCGUCGGAGUGAUACCACCACCUGUUUCAAGUAUUCAACCAAAAGAGAUGGAAAACUUAUACAUGGAUGUUUUGUAUACAAUAAAGUACAAAGUUGGCGCUGAUACAGAACUGAGUGCACAUCGAGAUCAACUAUACGUUUACGCACAAAAAGCAUUCGAUGUCACACCCGAGCAGCACAGACGUUACAUGGCCAUCGUGCACGAGGAAAAACCUCCCAUAGUGGUGCUUCAUGUGACGGUGGUCGAAGCUGAAGGCCUGGAGGCGAAAGACGCUAAUGGUAAGUUAGGAAAUAAAAACUUAGAUCGUAUAACAGUACUCAUCUUUCACGACCAAGUUGUUUCGGAAGUAUGUUUAUGGCAUAAUAUGGAUGCAUGAAUGUGGGUUGUUUGA